UAUGGCUGCUUACAGUAAAUUUGCUUGAAUUAUUGGUGCCCUUUUUCAUAUGUGGUCGUCAAUGACUCUCUGCUUUCAUUUUGGCUUCAUCAGAUUCAUAAUUUUUAAGAGACAUUAUUGGAAUUUUUUCACAACCAAAUCCAAAUCUCUUGAACAAAUUGAGAUUCACUUACUAAUAGAUCGAUCACUAAAUGCCUUCACUAUCAUCUGUUAUUCCACAUCUAAAGAUCUUUUUAUUAGGAUUGCUAAUGGUACUGCUCUAUGCAUUAGAAGCAAAUGUAGCAGCAAGAUUAUCGGUAACUAUGAAGGAGACAAGUAUUCGCACUAAGAUGGCUAAAGACGGUUGCAGAGAUAGAUGUGGCGACGUGAUUAUUCCAUAUCCGUUCGGAAUGGAUACCAGUAAUUGUUACAGAGAUAUCAGUUACAAGAUCACAUGUGCAAAGUCUUACAGAACGCGAAAUCCAGUCGCUUCAUUGAAUACAUCGCCAGAUAGGUAUGAAGUCUCAAAAAUCACGCUAGACUAUAUUCAGAUCAAUAUGGUAGCACCCCUCACUUGUAACACUACUAAUUUUUAUCGCGUACCGUUCCCUGUUUCUAACACUCUCAAUAAGUUAACAGUGUUUGGUUGCAACGUUUAUGGUUACAUCAAACCGCAAACUGGUCCGGCUGAAACGAUUAGUAGAAUUGAUAAUAACACAAGCUUGAACUCAAAAGGCAGGGGGUGUAAGUCUAGUUGUGACAGGUCCACGAAAAUACCAGCAAUUAGCUGUGCUGGUGAUGGCUGUUGCAAGACAGAAAUUCCCAAGGGACUUACAUCUUACUCCAUACAAACAACGGGAAUCGUCCCUGAUUCUUCUUCUAUUUUUUCAAAGAAAAAGACAACUAAUUCUACUGGUUUCACUAAUCCAUAUGCUGGUACCUUAAACAAAACCAACUCGAAUGGUAUCACUAGUCCAUGUGUUCUGGCCGUUCUGAUUAACCAGGAGUUUCUCGGGGUACGGGAUUUACUCAAUUUGCAGAUCUACCUGAAGUACGAAUCCUUCGUACCAGUGAUCUUGGACUGGGCGAUAAUUGACGCUACCACAUGCAAAGAAGCUCAGAGAAAUUCUAGUUCGUAUGCUUGUGGAAGAAAUUCUUACUGCCUUGAGUCUCCUAAUGGCCCUGGUUAUCGGUGCAAAUGUUCAAAAGGCUAUGAAGGAAAUCCUUACCUUCCCCGGGGGUGCCAAGAUGUUGAUGAAUGUAAAGAAACACGUAAGUGCGGAAAAGGAGUUAUUUGCAUCAAUACGCAGGGAAGCUAUUACUGUAGGUGUCCACCAGAUAAAACAUUAGAAACCCACGAGCUUGGAAAUUAUUGUCGACCCCGCAAAGAAAGAUUUCUAGCUGAUCAAAAAAAUAAACGAAGACUUCGUAUCUUUGUAAUUGCAUCAUCAGGUAUUGGAGUAACCAUAGUCAUAGUACUUCUGCUUGGAAUUGGCUAUUGGUUAUACAGAGGAUUUGAGAAGAGAAAGCAAAGGACGCUCAAGCAGAGGCACUUUGAGAAAAAUGGUGGGUUGUUAUUAAAGCAAAAGAUCACUUCAAAUGAUGGUAGAGUUGAAAAGGCAGGCAGAAUAUUUGUAAUUGAAGAAUUAAGGAACAUUACAGACAACUUCAACCCGAGUAGAAUCAUUGGCAAAGGUGGCCAGGGUACCGUUUAUAAAGGCAUGCUACCGGAUGGUGAAAUAGUAGCAAUUAAGAAAUCUAAACUAGCGGAUGAAACCCAAGUCGAUCAGUUCAUCAACGAAGUUGUUAUUCUUUCGCAAAUAAAUCACAGGAACAUAGUUAAGCUGUUAGGUUGUUGUUUAGAAACCGAGGUCCCUUUGCUGGUCUAUGAGUUUGUCUCUAAUGGAACCCUCUCAUCCCAUCUCCACGCAGCGCAAGAAGAUGGCGGAUCGUUGCUAUCAUGGAAGGUUCGUGUUAGGAUCGCAUCUGAGAUUGCAGGAGCACUAGGAUAUCUACAUUCAGAUGCCCAUAUGCCAAUCUUUCACAGGGAUAUCAAAUCCACCAACAUUCUCCUGGAUGAGAAAUACAAGGCUAAGGUUGCUGAUUUUGGUCUUUCUAGAUCGAUACCCGUAGACAAAACCCAUCUAACCACAGUAGUGCAAGGAACCUUCGGUUACUUAGAUCCAGAAUACUUCCAUUCAAGCCAGUUUACAGAUAAGAGUGAUGUCUAUAGCUUUGGCGUAGUUCUUGUGGAGCUCUUAACAGGAGAAAAAGCAGUUUCUAUACUCAGAAAGGAAGAGGAGAAGAGCUUAGCUUUAUAUCUUGUGAAAUCAAUGAAACAAAAUCGUUUGUUUGAGAUAUUGGACUCUCGAGUUCUUAAUGAAGGUGAUGGAGAUGAUGUUUUGGUUGUGGCUAAACUUGCCAAAAGAUGCUUGAAAUUGAAUGGUAAGAAACGGCCAACUAUGAAGGAAGUAUCACACUGUUUGGGUGAGUUGCAUGAGAAACUUUCAACAGAUUCCUUGUACCAAUAGGUCGUGAAAUGAUGCAAAUAAAGAGAAGGCCCAUAGUUUGUUUCUUAAUUUGGGAGAUGAGAAUGACGCAAAAAAUCAUUUGAAUAACUUCAACGUGCGUCAUCAAAUUCUUGUAAAAUUCAAGGGUAAAAACGUCCGAUGGACUUUUAACAAUAUCGACAUGAUUGCAUGCUUAAGCUACAAAAUUUGAAAUUAUUUUGCUUUCCUCACUUUUAAUCCAAUUUCCAACUCAUUUUU